AUGAUGAAGAGACAGAGAGAAAACGAAGUAGAAAAAGAGAGCAUGGAUUUAGCAACAACGCUAAUGCUACUCUCUUCUCAUCGUACUCAUCAACAACAAAGCAACAAAACGUAUUCUCCAAUGGAGUUUGAGUGCAAAACAUGCAACCGCAAAUUCUCAUCUUUUCAAGCGCUCGGUGGUCACAGGGCAAGUCACAAGAAACUCAAACUUGAAGGAGAUGAAACACUCAAAGGAAAUAAUCAACCAAAAAUGCACAAGUGUUCAAUCUGUGGACAAGAAUUCAAAUUGGGUCAAGCUUUGGGUGGACAUAUGAGAAGACAUAGAAUUAAUAAUGAAGGGUUUUCUUCAUCUUCAAUGAAUUAUCAUCGAGUGAUAGCAAAAUCUUCUCCUGUUUUGAAAAGAUCGAAUAGCAAAAGGGUUAUGUGUUUAGAAUUGGACUUGAAUUUGACACCUUUAGAAAAUGAUUUGAAGUUCUUGUUUGGAAAUAAAGCACCACAAGUAGAUCUCUCUUUAUUUUGA